AUGGUCAGCUCGUGUUGUGGCUCCGUCUGCUCUGACCAGGGCUGUGGCCAAGACCUCUGCCAGGAGACCUGCUGCAGCCCCAGCUGCUGCCAGCCCACCUGCUGCAGGACCACCUGCUGCCGCCCCAGCUGCUGCGUGUCCACCUGCUGCAGGCCCCAGUGCUGCCAGUCCUCGUGCUGCCAGCCCACCUGCUCUCAGCCCCGCUGCUGCAGGCCCCAAUGCUGCCAGUCUGUGUGCUGCCAGCCCACCUGCUCUCAGCCCCGCUGCUGCAUCUCCAGCUGCUGCAGGCCCCCGUGCUGCCAGUCCUCGUGCUGCCAGCCCUCCUGCUGCCGCCCCAGCUGCUGCAUCUCCAGCGGCUGCAGGCCCCCGUGCUGCCAGCCCUCCUGCUGUGGCUCCAGCCCCUGUGGCUCCAGCUGCUGCCACCCCUGCUGCUGCCUGCGCCCCGUCUGUGGCCGGGUCUCCUGCCACACCACUUGCUACCGCCCCACCUGUGUCAUCUCCACCUGCCCCCGCCCCACGUGCUGUGCCUCCUCCUGCUGCUGAUGCCCUGUGACCCCUGUCUCUGUUUAUUUCUGUCCCCAAGGGUGUAGACCCUCCUUUUGUGCCGACCUUUAGAACACCUGGAGUCUGAUUGACUCAUUCAAUUAUUUGGGCCCCAUGAGCAUAAGGAGUCCACCACGGUCCCACUGACCCUGUGAGCACAAUCUGGUUCAUGUUAAACUCUACUUUGCCAUCUCUUCCUUUCAGUAUCGGCACCAACUAGGAAUUAACUGGCAAUCCAACAGGUAAGAAAUAAUCCCCACCCUCUAUAUCUCUCCUUUCUCCUCAUCACUCUGGGGGGCUAGAUUGUCCUGCCAACAAGUUGACUAAAUCAUCAGCAGCCCGCCCCUGGGUGGCACUGACUCGUCCGUCAUCCUCAGACCCAGGCUCCACUUAUACCGUGUAUUUCCUCCUAGAGGGACUUUCUUAUGUUUUGUUGCUUCUCUGCUUUCUAAUAAACUUUUCUGCAUAUAAGAA